AUGGUUGAAACCCAGCCCGCUGUUUCGGGCCAGUGGAGCUGGAGCGCCGCGUGGCUCCCUCAGGGUGUGGAUAACCCCAAGUUGGCCAGUACGGGGAGGGUCGUCAUUUUUGCGAGUCUAGAUUUUGCCAGAUUCCCCCACGCAGAUCUGGGUUUCAUUAUGAGUGUGGAGGCUUGUUUUGAUCCACCUCUUGAAGUGGUUCCCACCAGGAACCCAAUCACAUGCAACAAAAGGGCAGCUGACCCAGUCCAUCCUGACCUUGCUGGUUUGUUGGUGAAAUACAAGAAUCUUUUAGCUGAGCUAAGAAAUCUUCGAAACAAACUUUUCAUAAAAGAAACUUCAUUGCAAGAGAUGAAGAAUGAGCUAGAAAGUUACAAAGAAAAUAAUGUGCAACAGUCAUUCCACAUAAUGUCCCUGAAAGAUGAUAUCAAGGACCUAGAAGAACUUAUUGCUUCUCUAACCAGAAUUAAAUCUUUGAAAAGCACCAAUAUUCAGAGUCUUGAAAGAGGCAACUGGGAUCUAACUAGAAGAAUUAUAGAACUAGAAAACCUUCUAAGAGUACAUCUGAUUGAAAGAAAAAAAGCAGAGCGAAAAGUAGACCUUUUGGAGAAAAAGUUAGCAGGUGUUAACAGAUUCACCCCUUAUAUGAGUAUGAAAGAACAAGAAGACAGUUUCAUGAUGAAGGAUGAAGCUAUCCUGGUUAAGAACUUUGAGAGAGACAACAUUUUUCACUCUGAAGGACCAAAAGAUGGACAGAAAAUUUGGGAUAAAUGUCAACAAUAUUUGAUCCAUAAGGAAAAACAAUUACCUGAGUUAGACAGACCUCCGUAUUCAUUCAGCUGGGAAACUAAAACGGUGCCAUCCCUCUAUCAGAAAUUCCUCAGUCAGUUGUCUACUCUUCCCAGCAACAGUGUUGAACCCAUACCAGCCACAGAGGAAGGUGUGAAAGAGAGCGUUCAGGAGACUGAUGCAAAUGAGCAAUCUUGGAAGUCCAUAAGUAGAGCUGAAGGCCACCAGCAGGAAGUUCAGAUGCUCACUAAGCAAUUGGAGAAGCAGUAUCAUCACUGUGAAGAAACUGCUGGAGAAUCAUCUGACACCGAGGAAAAGUAUAAGGAACAAAAAAGACCCUUGAAACGUCUGGAUGUAAAGGAAAACUCCCAGACUAAGAUUUCCCAGAUGGAGCAUGGCAAAACAUUCAAGCAGCUAGAGAAAGACAACAAGCAAGAAACACUACUGAAUAUUCAGCAGAAUUGGAAGGUUGUUACAACUCAAAGGUUAGAGGAGAAAAUUCAUAAACUUCAGAAACAGCUCAGUGACUUUAAAUUGUCAAAUAAAACUAUGAAAACUCAACUGACAAGAGUAAAUGUCCUUAAAGACAAAACAAUUGAGAAGCUCAGGCAAUCUUUAACAAAAGUUGAAGCAAUGAAAGGGAAGGCAGUUAUGGAAACAGACUUGAAAACUACAGUAGACUCUGCUGAGCAAGACACAAGGUGGGACAAAGAGAGGGCCCAUCACAUGUUAGAAACUGUCACUCCUGAGCUCUGCACAGCAAAGAGCACACUUGAAGAAGUACCGGGACAAGAAGAGCUUGUUGACUUUCGAGAAACUAUUAAGAAGAUGUUGGGAUUUAACAUGAAAACAGCAGACAAGAAAAUCAUCAAUUACCUAAGACUUAUUAUACAAGUAUAUGAAGCAUCUGACAAAUCAAAGAUUGCUUCUGCAUGUGAGACUGGAUAG